UCCUCUGCUUGCAACGCGUGGACGAUGUCUGCUGCUGUGAGACUUACCAGAAGAAUGCUCACCCCAAGGAUAACGCUAGGAGCCUUCGUGAUCUUCGUCCUAAUAUCUCACUGUUCAACAGCAAACGAUGCCCAAUUCUCCCUCACCAACAAGGCCACUGGGUUUUGCCUGUUGAAAAAAUUUACCCGUUGCCUUGACAUCCGCUGGACGACCGGUAAUCGGCUUUUCGCUGUCACCACCAAAAAGUGCCUUGGAGCGCAGGGUAAAAGUGUGGGGAGCGAAGUGAGCCUCUACGACUGUGAUGACAAAACCGACCUCCAGAAGUGGGAAUGCAAGAAUAACACACUGAUCGCCCUGAAAGGCAAAGAGCUCUACAUUGAAGUCAAAGCUGACGAAACAAUUGCUCUCUCCAAAACGGUGGGGCCGAAUAACCACCUCACAAUUCCGGGGACAUCCAGUGGUGCUUGCUCAAGGACAUACAGAGAACUUUAUACACUUGAAGGAAAUGCGUUUGGCAAAGUCUGCAUGUUUCCCUUCCUGUACAAGGACCGGUGGUUUGGGGAGUGCACCACGUACGACUCUUCACAAAAGCGUCUUUGGUGUUCAGUUGAAACUAAAUAUGAACAUGAACAGUGGGGAUACUGCCCGACUUCUGUCACGGACACCUGGGCAAAAAACCUGGUGACAGGAUCAUAUUACCAGCUCAACACUCAGUCAGCACUGACAUGGCCGCAGGCUGAAGUCAGCUGCAAACAACAGGGCGCCACCCUGGUCAGUGUCGCAGAUCCCAACGAACAAGCUUUUAUCUCAGCACUGGUAGGAUCUGGGAAACAUAAACUCUGGAUCGGGGUGGUUCUGGACCCGGAGCACGGCUGGCAGUGGUCCAAUGGGAAGCCUUUCCGCUACUUGAGAUGGAGUGAAGGAAACCCACUUCAUAAUCCAGGACACAACUGUGGAUUUCUUGAAACUGUCGGCCAGCACUUGUGGCAAAGUUCAUCCUGUGUGAAGAGACUGGGCUAUGUCUGCUACAAAGACAUGGUCCCACCCACUCCCCCCCAAAUUGAGCAAGGAUUUUGUGCAAGCCCAUGGAUUCCCUACAGUGGUCACUGCUUCCACCUUCAGCGCUCUGUACAAACGUGGUCAGAUGCACAGAGAGAGUGCCGCAAAGAGCGAGGGGACUUGGUCAGCAUCCGCAAUGUGGAGGACCAAAGCUUUGUCAUCUCUCAGCUUGGAUUUGCAUCCGACGAGGAGCUUUGGAUUGGACUGAAUGACAGGAGGACAGAGGGGCUGUUUGACUGGAGCGACCACUCUGCAGUCAGCUUCACCAGCUGGGAGUAUGGGAAACCGAUGUCUACUGAGACAGAAGACUGUGUUCUCAUCAGGGGGGAGAAUGGGAACUGGGCAGAUCGAUCGUGUGAUGAGAAACACGGCUUUAUCUGUAUGAAGCAGAGUGAAACUGAACCCACUGGAAAAGAAUUAGAUCUGGACAUAGGCUGCAAAGCGGGUUGGAAAAGACAUGGUUCCUACUGCUACUUUGUCGGAGCUGAGACCAAGACCUUUGAUGAAGCCAAAGAUGGCUGCAAGAGCUCAGACUCCUACUUAGCUGAUGUGUCAAAUGGGGUGGAUAAUGCCUUCCUUGUCAGCUUGGUGGGGUUGAGACCAGAGAAACACUUCUGGCUUGGGCUCUCGAACCAGAAAGACCUUGAUGAGUUUGUGUGGACCAACAGAGACUCUGUGAUGUUUACACACUGGAACGCCGAGAUGCCAGGUUACCAACAGGGUUGUGUUGCCAUGACAACUGGGAUUUUGGCUGGACUCUGGGAUCUGCUGCCCUGUACCAACCAGGAAAAAUACAUCUGCAAACACAUGGCCGAGGGGGCAGUUAUAACCGCCCCACCUCCCACUCAAACUGCUCUUCAGUGUGCUGAAGGUUGGUCACGAGUGGGCACAAGAAACGUCUGCUCUAAGUUUUUUACAGGGCCCCGAGCACUUGAGAAAACGUGGUUUGAGGCCAGGGAUUACUGUCGGGCCAUUGGAGGAGAUCUGCUCAGCGUCCACAGCCAAGCGGAGCUAUUAGUGGGACGCCAUGGAAAGGCCUGGAUUGGGCUUCAUGUUCCUGAUACGAGCACCGGUUAUACAUGGAGCGAUGGAUCUCCGUUAAACUUCCAGCACUGGCAGGAAGGAGAGCCUAACAACUUCAAUAAUGCAGAAUCAUGUGCUGAAUUCAGAAUUCAUCUGGGGGAUGAGUCCGGGUCCUGGAAUGAUGUGAACUGUGAGAGUUACAAUGACUGGCUGUGCCAGAUCCGCGCAGGACGGACUCCAAAACCCCCCCCGAACGCCACCGUAGUGGAUUACAACACCACUUCAGAUGGAUGGCUUUUGUGGAGAGGGAGUCAGUAUUUCCUCAACAGAUUGCCAAUGGCCAUGGAAGAUGCUCGUCACUACUGUCAGCAGAGGCAUGGCGACUUGGUAUCUAUCAGCACUAAAGAGGAAAACAUCUUCUUAUGGAAACAGAUAUCCAGAGGCUAUAUGCAAUAUUAUAUUGGUAUGUCUGUGGAUCUUGACGGGUCAUUUUGGUGGAUGGAUGGCACUUCCCUGUCAGUGCAACAAUGGGACGAAAAUCAACCUAGUGCUGAUGCCUUUGAUGAGAACUGUGUAUCUAUGACUUAUUAUACGGGUUUCUGGCGUUCUAACAAUUGUGGCCAAGAGCACCAGUCCAUUUGUAAACGAGGAGGCUCAGCACCUGCCAACACUACCGUGGCCCCCACAGUUCCUCCUGUAGGCGGCUGCCCACUCAGGUGGACUAAAUUUGACUCGAAGUGUUAUAGUAUCAAUAGCCAGAGCAUCAACUGGGAAGAAGCAAGAAAACGGUGCAUAACCAUUGGAGGAAAUUUGGUCUCUAUUCCUACAAGACGUGUGCAAGCAUUUCUUAUCACUACAAUGGCUAAAGUAGCAUCUGCAGAUCUGUGGAUAGGUUUGAAUAGUAAAAAACAAGAGGGAUUUUACUGGACGGAUGGAAAGCCAAGGCGAUACACCAACUGGGGAUAUGCUAAACAUCUACGUCGUCCUGGGACCUUUUAUCAAAGAUGGAAUGAGGAAGGCUGCGUUGUGAUGAACAACAAUCCCUCCGUUGGCACAGGGAAAUGGUUGAUUAAGUCUUGCAAUGACACCAAUGGUUUUGUCUGUCAUCGAAAUCUUGACCCAAAUAGCCCCUCUAAACCAGAACCAGUAGUUCCUAGCAUCUACGUAGCUCUGGGAAACGACAGCAUCAAGGCUGUGACUCAAAAUCUGACCUGGGACGAUGCCAAGAGACAUUGUGAAGGUGAAAAAGCCAACCUGGUUAACCUGCGAAAUGAAUGGACACAGGCCUAUGUUGAACUGCUGGCUAUGAAUCUCAAAGCUCCUCUUUGGAUUGGACUGAACAAGCAGCAGACGGGGGGGUAUUUUAGGUAUAUUGAUGGCUGGCACUUGAACUUCGCCAACUGGGCUGAAGAGGAACCAAAAAGGGACCAACCUUGUGUGUACAUGGACUUGGAUGGAAAAUGGAGGACUGCUUUUUGCAAUCGGACCAUGAAUAGUGUGUGUAUUCAGUCUACAGAUGUGGCACCAACAGAAUCAACCAAAUUCCCCGGAGUUUGCCCUGAAGAAAGUGUGCAGUACCACCAGAGCUUUUCCUGGCUGCCAUUCAGGGGCUACUGUUAUUUGUUUGUCACAGAUGAAAGUGAAUGGGCAAAUGCAGCUAGCAGUUGUGUACGGCAUGGUGGAGUCCUGGCUAGCAUUGAAGAUCCCUCUGAGCAACAAUUCCUCAAAAGCAACGUGGAAAUAUUUCUAGACAGCCACAGCUCGUUCUGGAUCGGCCUGUAUAAAACUCAUAAAGGGACAUGGAUGUGGUUGGAUAAAACCAUCUUGGACUACACCAACUGGGCUGAAGAUGAGCCUGAGUCUGACUUCGGAAGUAUCGGAACCUCAGAUGGGACUUGGCGAUCAGGUCGCAGAUGGCAUGAUCGACCAUACAUCUGUAAAACUCCUAAAGUGAUGCCCACUGAUCCAGGCACAAAACCUGAACCACACGGAGGUCAGGAUCCUCGCAGUCGUGUCCACACCAGCUUGAUUGUGGUGCUGAUCAUUGCCAUCGCCUCUUCACUGAUAGCCGUUGGAUUUUUCAUCUACAAGAAGGCCCCCCGUUCGUUACCCACCUUUGACAAUCCACUGUACUUCAACCGGGAACGAUCUCAGCCCGAUGUGGUGGACACCAAUAAACUUAUAGAGAAAGCAGAGGAGGAAAACCCUGAGCCUAUUAUAGCUCUGUGAUUUAUUGAGUAGCAUAAUCUAGUGGGACAUACAUUUUACUGUAUAUCUUCGACUGAUGUAUUACAUAUUGAUGCUUCAUUUAUGUUUCGCUAUAACUUCCUUUUUUUUUUACAAUAUACGGUCUAUAUUCAGUUAUUUAACAGUUUGUCACUAAAUGUGAGUUUCAGCUGAGUUGGCGAUGUCUAACCUCAUGGAACAGAAUUUAGGCUCUAGGAUGUCUCAAUGGGAAUAAUUAGUAUUUGACUUUUUCUUUUUUGAUGUAUGACUGAAUGUAUAGGAAUGUCACGUUAUGCUUGUGCCCACUAGAUGCUGGUCAUUGCUUUUAAUUUGAAAUCUCUAAGCCUGUCACUGUUAAAAUGGACAUUAAACUUGGCAAAAAACAAUAAA